UUCAUUUCAAUUAUCUGUGAGAAAAUAUAUGCACUUUAAUAACGUUGAAUUACAGUACCAAUAAACCAGAAGAGGCCUGUAUGAUUGUUAGAUACUAUUGGAUGUACAGAGACAUAAGAACAUAUACAUUAUAAUAGUUCUUUUGUAUCUUUUGUAUAUCACCAGAAGUGUGUCUGUUUCAUCAGUAUUGUCAUCGACAGAGUGGGAUAAUGUAAGAGAUCGAGUGAAUGGUAGUGAUUUACAAAUCGGUAGGAAGUAAAUGCUAAAACGAAAUUCUAAGGAAAUAUUGAUUUCUAACAAAGGCACAAGGCCACGAAUUUUAAGGAGGGGAAUAGUCGAUUUUAUCAAAUCAGUACUUUAUUUUAUUGACCCUGGAAAGAUGAAAGAUAUAGUUUGAUCCAGGUAGAAUUUGAACUCAGAACACGACGAGGCACAAUUAAACACCGCAAAGCAUUUUGUUUGACUCUCUUCUAGUUCUGCCAAUUCACAUUCCAAGGGAAUAUUGAUCGACAUUUAGCGUAGGCUGGAAGUCGAAUGGAGUUGCUCCGAGACUGACUUUUGAAUAUGAACUAAUAAUCUAAAUAGGUAACCAGUUAUAUACUUGAUUAUGGAUUAAAAUAUACAACACAAUUUUUUUUUUUAGAAAGAAUAUAUAAUUGAGAUGAAAACAUGCCAAAAUUGGUCGCUUUGUAUAACCAUAUAUAAUAAAUUAUAUUCAUAUGAAACCAAAAGUUACCAACAAAAUUUCCUAAAAUUAUGCCUCAUAAACAAUUUCAAGCAAUUUUCCUCUUUGGAGGGUUUUUAGUAUCUUUGUUGUGUAUAACCUCUUGGAUGGGUACAAGUAUAGAGAACAAACUAACUGUGAAUAAAAAACAUUACGAUUCUGGUCAUCAUUUUGAAGAUUUCAAGAGAAGUUUAUUAAUGAGUAAUCCAUCAAGUACUAAAAAGGAUUUCCCUACUAUUCAACCAUGUCAUUUUUACAACAUUUCUGAUCGAAAUGUUUGUUAUGUUCAGAUAAGAUGUUACCAGAAUGACAGUUGGAAUUUCUGCCUAAAUAUAUCUUGCCAUAAUUGCAAUCACCAUUAUUUAGAAAAGAAAGCUGCAGCAUUUCAGUAUAAGAUAUUGAAAGAACCUAAACUGAGGCAAGACAAGCUAUGUCAACUUCUUGAAGAUUAUUAUGUUUCCAAGAAAUAUAAUUCCUCGGGACAAAGUAUUAUCCGCUGUAUGGUAUGCAAUCAGCUGGACAGAAAACUGAAAUCAACCAAACAAUUUAAUUCUAUUAGCUCCAAGACAAAUUGUAAACCUGAAGAAAAAGAAAACAGAACUAUAUCAAAUAUACAUUUGAUAUAUUUUCGAUUUUUCUCCCGUCAAGAAUUUAAGAGUAAAUUUCACCAAACUCAUACCCAGUUAAUGAAAAUAAAUAAUGAAAAUAUUGCUCAUGUCUAUAAUUUUGCUAAGCAUCAAAGUACAAGAGUUCAAUAUUCUGCAGGAUUAUAUCAACUGCUCUGUGGUGAAACCUUUGAUUUGAAUAUUAAUGAAGAGUCCCUAUGCUCACAGUCAUUGGCUAAAACAGCUACUAAGUAUGGUUAUCAAACUUUCCUUUUUGACCAUACAUGUGAAGAAUCAACUUCUGAGAAAAUCAAUUUUUUAUUUACAAAAUUUUAUCAGGGUUUUGAUUACAACACUAAAGGAUCUUCACCUACGUUCUACAAUGACCUGCCACCCAACCUACAAGAGAAAACUUGCCACAAAAGCAAUUCUGAUAAAAAAGUAGAAAUCUCUGGAAGUGGUAUUUUUGAUUAUCACCAAAUUGUUAACAAAGAAAGCAAUGGCAAAUAUAUUCUGUUAUCCAUACUAAGAACAUCUGAUGUAGCUAACUCUCAAUUAAGAGUUAUUGACUCUCAGUUAGCCAAAGUCAUAGAAGAUUUAAGUAAGCAAAAAGAUUCUGUUAUUAUAUUAACUGGUGACAUUGGCCAUGGAUGGAGUGUAUCUGGCUGGAAUAAUUCAAAAAUUACCCAGCUUUCAAAUCCACCGCUGUACUUAGUGCUCUCAAAACAGUUUCAAAAGAAGUUGGGGAAAAUUAGAGCAAAGAAUGUUUUGAGAAAUACACACAAUCUGGUUACACUGAAAGAUGUUCAUUUUACUUUGCGUGACAUAAUGGCAAUCAAUGAUCCUAAAUCAUAUUUAAAGGAUAAUAAAAGUUCCAAAGAUUCUAUCAAAAAUGAAACCACUUUUGGUCUUUUCCAGUUUCUUAAGAAAGGAAGAAGCUGUGGAUUUCUAGAUGUCAUGCAGCCACAUAUUUGUCUCACAGAGAAUCAAGCAGUUACAUUUGAUAAUGAUAGUAUCCAGGUUGGAUUAGCAGAAUUUGUAUUAGGCGAAAUGAAUGAAAAGAUUCAAGAAGAAAUAGAAACUGAAGAAAAUGAAACAGAUUUAUUUCUUCUUUCACCUUUUGGCAAUUGCCAAAGACUGAAGGGUCUUUCGUUUGGCAAUAUCAAUAAAUGGCGAGACAAUGGAAAAGUAAUGACUCAGAUGGAUAUUCAUGUCAUUGGUAAAGACACAAAAGAACCCAAUGUUCUCACUGUCUUAUUAUCAACUAAUGAUGACAGUAAGAAUCCAAAUAUUCAAGUGUUAUCUUACCAUCGAAAAAUACCUUCAAAUGAUGGUUUACAAAUUUGUUUUCGAAGCAAGCUUGAUUAUGACUUAUGUCGAUGUGUAGAAACUGUCAACCAAAGUUUAUCAGCAUGGAGGUCUGCAUAUUUAAGGAUGGUGUUCAGCAAAUCUUUUGGUGUUCCCUUGAAAGUGGCUAAUAUCCAUAACCAAUGCCUGUUACUUAUAAUGAGGGAUUAUACAAACAGUAUUGUUUUUGAAGCAGUCAAUAUAUGUGAAGGAAGAGAAUACAUUCUGGGAUUUUAUAUUGAUACUUACAAUAUGAUAUCAUUAGUGCCACUUCCAAUUAAGAAAACUGUCAAACCACUCCAAAUUAGAUUUCUUACUUCUAUCAUACAAUCUUCCUACUUAAGACCAGGACGAUUCACAAAAUACCAAACUUAUUUUAGCGUCAAAAUGAGAUAAGCUAUAAAAGGGUUAUUUCCCUCGGUUGAUUUUCGGUUUAUCAAGAAUUGUAUUGAAGUUUGGUAUGAAAUAUAUCUCUAGUUUUUUUGUUUGAAGAAUAAUAAUGAAUUUGCUUUGAGAAUAUUUAAUUUUAAAUAACUAUAUUUAAAUGACUGCAGUUCUAGCUUACCACAAAGUAAUCAGUAUUUUCUGAUUUUAAUUUAAUUAUAUUAAGUAGAGUUGUUAUAAUUAUACAAAUUCUCCAAAUGUAAAAUAUGUGUGAGUAUUGCAAAUACAGAUGUGAACCUUUAAAUCAAAGCAGUAUCUAUCAUAAACCUUCAACAGUGAAGACACUUUAUUAUAUAUUCACAUCCUGUCAAUAUCAUUUAACUUACAAGUUCUAAUUAUAACAAUAGAUAUAAGUAAAAUUUCUCCAGUUAAUGGAACAGUCAUAGGUAUAAUAUUUAUAAAUAUUAGUAUGUGAGUGUGUGUGUGCAUGCUUACAUGCACACCUGCACAUGAAUAUCUGGAAUAAAAACAGCUGAAGAUUAUUAUCAACAGCAAUACUAGCUGUUCCAAUUCUGUCAUCUAAUUUAGUAAUGUAUACAAUGUUUGAGUGCUAAACAGACCAUUAAAUUAUAAAAAUUUAAACAUUAUUGAAGCCUACAUACUUCAACAACAGUAAAAACUUUCUCAUUCUUUCACUUUUAUGGGAACUGCUUUUGUAUUCUGAUCUACUACAGCCCAAACUCCUACUGUUACAGUCCAUGAACAGCAGAUAUUCAAAGGUUGGUGGAAACACUCAGUGUUGUGUGUGUAGCUAGGAAUGUCAUAUUAAGUGUCACCCAACAAAGGUUAUACUUCAUGUUCAUUGACAAACAAGUCAGUAAAAAUUUAUGUGAAACCAUAACCAAGUAGGUUAUUCACACACAAUGUUGAGUAACUGUUAAAGUUAUACUUGACUGAAAACUAUAUUUAAAGCUGAGUGUCGGUUAAAAAUACUCAUACUUGAUGGUGAUAGCUAGGAGCAUCAUUCUCAAUGUUCAAUGAAAACUUAGAAAUUCAAGUUUGAUGCUGAAUGGCACUAGAGACGAAUUGUUAUGAUGAAACUUUUAAGAUUGAAGUGACAAAUGGUAAAGCACCAGGCUAAAUUCCUAACUUUGCCUUUCAUCUCUUUGUAAUUGAUAAAACAAAUACCAGGAAUGUGCUGAUGAAGAUUCAAUCCCCAUUCUAUUCUUCUAUAAUUUUGUAGCCUUGUGUCAAUAUAAAAACCUAUAAUAAACCUUAUAAUUAUUUUGAUAUUAUUGUUCAAGAGGACUUUGUAGGAAAAUGGGACUUUUAGUUCUUUGGUUAAUUGAAUCAGCAACUAGGUUUAAUUAGUUGGGUUUUUUUGCCUCACCUUUUCACCUGAGAUAUCAUGCAAGAAAGUAUUAUCAUCUUCAUCAUUAUCUUACUGUUUACCAAUAACUCCACUGAGUUGUUUAGCUUACACUAAAAUUAAACAAUGAUUGUAAACCAGCACAUUAAUGCAUGUUUUGGCUACAUGCAGUUGGAAAAAUUCUUUUAUAAUCUAUUUCUAGGAUUGGAUAUGGGAAUAUUUUUCCAGUUAACAGUUUUAUCUAGUUUCAGAGUUGCCAAUGGCUCAACAUAUUGUACCUCUUCCUAAUCUGAGAUUUAAUUAUAAUUAUUAUUGCUGGCUUUUACCCCAUUGAUCUUCCCAGGAAGUGGGCCUAAAAGAUAGAUGACACUGUAAACUUUGAAAAAUGCUCAUGAAUUUUGUUGCGUAUAUGAAAAUGUUAUUUACUUCAAAUCUGUUUACAGCUACUUUUGCAUAUUUGAAUGAUUCAGCCACAUUUAUUUAGCUAUCAGACAUGUUUGUUAAUAAUAACUAAUGACAAUGAGAUUAAGACCUACUUUCAUCAACUCAAGCUUCUAGAAAAGAAGAAAACAAUCUAUUCUUAGAAUCCAUUAAAAAAUAAUGACGAUGAUGAUGGUUGUAAUGAUUUUUGUUUUAACAUGAUAAUAUUGAUAAUAUUUAUAUAAUAAAUAAUUUUACUUCAUAUGCAAUGGAAAUUAAGCUUUGUAGCAACCAGAUUGUAUAUUAAUUUCCUACAUUUUGAUAUUUUCAUGAGUUUGUAUAUUGGUGUGAAUGUUAAAAAUAUGAAGUCUAUUGAAUUAUUAUAAUAUUUGCAAAUGAGCAAGAGAAUGCUUCAAUAUUGUUUUCAUCAUGUUUUAUUUGAUGACAGUAAGAAUUUGCUAUUUAUAGUAUAUUAUGGUGAUACCAGUGAAAAAGACAGUUAAACACACAACUAGCUCGUUUAUAGUAUCUUAUUUUCAGUUCCUGCCUCCAUCAUCUGUUUGAAUUAAAACCCUACUUUGCCUUUCAUUCCUUCAUUAAAUCACUAACACUGAGUUAUCUGUUAUGUAUCUUUCUUAACAAAAUCGAUAUAGAGCUUGACUAAAGAAAUUACUACUAAAACCAUAUAUAUAUAUAUAUCCUUUGAUAAGGUCUAUGGACGAGUGGAACUGGUUGGGAUGUUAAAGUAAAUCAAUUUAAUAUAUCUAAAUGAAAUGCUACACCUAAAAUGAUUACAACAAUUUUUUUAAUGUUAUUUUGCAUUUUCAGCCAUUUUUGUUUGGGUUUGAUUCCACUAUAUAGCAUUUGCAUACAAGUGUAUUUUACUAUAUAACCUAUUGGGUAGAUGGAAAUUGGGUAGAUGGAAGCUAUGUGUAAAAAACAACCUGAUGUACUGUAAUUGUAAUAUAACCUGAGUUAUACAUUAGAAGUACAUAUGUGUCUGUGAAAUACUCAGCCACUUGCAUAAUAAUUCAAGUAAAUCAGUUAAUUAAACCAUUGAAUAUCAUCUCAUUGCUGGAACUAAUGGAAGUCCAUUACUUUAUACAUAGAAGUACUACAGAGUGCCUGAAAUCUUUAUGAUGUCCAGUUAUACAAUUAUAUAACAAGUUUCAUAAAUUUGUAUUUAAAAAAAAGAUGCAACAUAUCAAAAAAGAAAACAAAAAAAUAAAGAGCACUGAAUUUGUAUGAAAAUAUUUUCAUUUAUUUUAUGAUGAUCCUCCAAUAUAAUUUUACACAAACUUAACUGUACAUGACAUAGCAGGAAAUAACUGUUGUAAAAAUAAAGACAUUUUAUUUAUUCAAUAUUUUUUAUUUUACAUGAAAAAUCUUGAAAUAAAAAUCCAUUGUAAAUAUUUAAAA